CUUUACAAAAGCCAAGAAUAAGAUGAAGUCCUUGGAAAAGUAUCCUGAAGAUAAAGAUUUGCUGCAGAGGGAUUGUGCAUCGGUGACACAGGAAGAAGUUGCUUCUGCCAGUAGCAAAUGCAAAUAUGAGACACUGCAAGUUUCUACUGAAGACAACAUCACAAAGAUCAUGCUAAAUCGUCCAAUGAAAAAAAAUGCUGUCACCCUUGUGAUGUACAGAGAAAUUAUGCAAGCGCUUGAAGAAGCUGCCAAGGACGACUCUGUUAUAACUGUUGUAACAGGAAGUGGUGAUUACUACUCUAGUGGAAAUGACCUCAACAAUUUCACAGAAAAUUUGGAGCAGAUAAUAAAAAACAAUGGCGAGUGGAUAAAGAAUUUUGUCAACCAUUUUAUUGAUUUUCCUAAGCCACUGGUUGCAGGGGUGAAUGGUCCAGCUCUUGGAAUCUCUGUGACUCUUCUUGGGCUGUUUGACAUUGUCUAUGCUACUAACAGGGCAACAUUUCAGACUCCUUUUAUCCAACUUGGCCAAACUCCAGAAGGCUGCUCUACUUACACCUUCCCUAAAAUAAUGGGCACAGCUAAAGCAAAUGAGAUGCUGCUUUUCAACAAGAAGCUGACUGCAAGGGAAGCUUGUGCUCAGGGACUUGUGACUGAAGUUUUUCCUGACCAAGUUUUUCAGGAGGAAGUCUGGAGAAAGCUGAAAGCUUUUGCAAGUCUCCCCAAAAAUUCCCUGGCACUGUCAAAGCAGUUAAUCCGAAGUGUGGAAAAGGAAAAGCUCUAUGCAGUUAAUUCCCAAGAGUGUGAGCAGAUUGUGAAGAAAUACUUUUCAAAGGAAUCCAUGAAUGCAUUUAAGAGCUUCUUUCAAAAAAAGUCAAAAAAUGUAGCCACAUAACCAAGAACGGAA